GCCCAUCCCCCCUGAACGCAUCCUCGCCGCCAAACGACCCCACGUUUCAUUCACUCCAGCGGGAAGCGUCUGACCGAGUGGUCCGCGGUGGAAGAUGGCCUCACCCAGGACGAUAACCAUCGUGGCCCUUUCAUUUGCCCUGGGUUUAUUUUUCGUCUUCAUGGGGACCAUUAAGCUCACCCCGAGACUCAGCAAAGACGCCUACAGUGAGAUGAAAAGGGCAUACAAAAGUUAUGCCAAAGCCCUGCCAGGUCUAAAGAAGAUUGGGAUCAGCUCAGUGCUUCUUCGUAAGAUCAUCGGAUCUCUGGAAGUGGGCUGUGGAGUGGUGUUAACCCUAGUGCCGGGCCGGCCGAAGGAUGUGGCCAACUUUUUGCUGCUGCUGGUCAUGCUGGCUGUCCUUUUCUUUCACCAGCUUGUAGGAGAUCCCCUGAAACGGUACGCUCAUGCUCUAGUCUUCGGUAUUCUCCUCACCUGUCGACUGCUUAUUGCCCGGCAGAGUGAUGACCGGCCAGAGCGCGAGGAAAGCCGAGAAGAACAGCACAUCAAUGAUCAGGAGAAGAACAAGGUCAAGCAGUCUUAAGAUCUUCUUCCACCUUGAUCCAAUCAACAGUGAAGGGAACCUCAUGUGCUUCUAUGGACUGUAAUUGAUAACAUUUUGAAGGAAACACUCCUAAUAAUAAUUUCCUUUAAUAAUUUCCCUCACUCAAAUCCUCCCAUCCAGCGGUCUGGUAGUUCACCUACUCCUCUGCACUCUACUGUGAAACUAAGAACUUUUUACCCGUAUGUUCUUUACAUAAUCAUGAACAAUCAUACCCAAUGAAACUCUGAGCUCAACUCUUUGUCACACCAUUCAGCUCAGCUUCCUGUUUAUUUCAGUCCAACACUGUGUUAAAUGUUUGUGUUUUGAACUCAAGUAUGAAUUGCAUUUGUUCUAAAUUGAUUUGAGAAUGCAGUUUUCAUGUGUCUUUGUAGCUUGUUUUUCUAAUUAGUUUUUUAAAUGAUGUAAAUUAUGAAUUUCAAGCAUGUUUAAUUUCAUCGAGAUAACAGUGAAACAAAAAAAAAUGUCUUGAGCACUAUAGACAGCGUUUUUUGUAACAAUUAUAAAGCAGCUACUAUAACAUAUUCAUGUCGUAUUUUGUUGCAACGCUAAAAGGAGGCUACUUUACAAGAAAAAAAAUCACAAAUCCUCUCUAAGUUUUCAUUUCAGUAGAUGUCUGUGAAUGUUCAGAUGAUAUUAUAUAACAUUCUUACUUUCAGAUUGGUCAAAUUAUAUAAUUUAGGGGUUGUUAAAGUUUUAUUGAAUCAAUUAUCAUAUUAUCAUAUAUUGAAUCAAUAAUCAAUUAUCAUGACGUAACAAGGAUGAAUAUCCUCUUACUCCUUCAUGACAAUGAAGUCUUUUUGGAGAGGAAGACCGUAGUUACUGCCUCAGGUGUAACCAAAACAAAUUUAUUUUGCCUGUUUGAAAAGUAAUUUAACUUAAGUAAUUCACAAUUUAAGUCUUAAAUUAUUUACACAUGGAUUUUGGUUUUUAUUUUUUUCUCUAAUUUAAAGAAUAUUCAUAAUGCAGUUGAAAAUGCUGUCAAUAUUUCUGCAAAUUGUGUAUUUAAAAUAAAGAAUUGGAGAUCUGACUG